AUGGCAGAGGAGUGCUCAGUGGCAGUUGGGGUUCGGAUCAGACCCUUCAACGAUCGAGAGCGUGCAUUGAAUGCGCAGCUCUGCGUCGAAGUGGAUGGCCCGACUACAAUCUUGCAGGUUCCGCCAGAGGUAGCAGAAGCCGGGAAGAACAAGGCAGACUGUUCAGCAAGCCAGGAGCCAAAGAAGUUCACGUUCGAUGCUUCCUUCUGGAGUCACGAUGGCUUCGAGGUGGAUGCUAAGGGCUACUGCUACCCAGGGCCCGGAAGCCGGUAUGCUGAUCAGCAGCUUGUUUUCGACACGUUUGGUCGACGCAUUCUGGACAGCGCGUGGGAAGGGUACCACUGCUGCUUGUUUGCCUAUGGCCGCUGCCCCAGACUGCGACGGGGAAGUCAGACGGGAGCUGGCAAGAGCUACUCCAUGGUGGGCUACGGUGCCAACAAGGUCUGCGAUUGGGGUCUGCUUCUCACACUCACCAUGUGGCUCCAUCGCGCAGGGCAUCGUGCCCAUCUCGUGCGAAGAGAUUUUCAAGAGAAUCGGCGCUGGCUCAAUCCUGAGAACUUCAUCUCUGAGCUGAGGAGGGAAAGUCUCGUUGAGAGCAGGCUUCUGAACAACAAGCCUGAGGCCAACACAGAUGCGAAUCUGACCUACGAGGUAAUGGUGCAGGAAUCUCAGUCGAUGGUCGAAAUCUACAAUGAGCAAGUGCAGGAGUUGGGCAUCUUCAUCGCGGGCAUCUCCAGAAGAGCCGUGGACUCGUACUCCUCUAUCGAGGCUGUGGUGGAGGAGGGCACGGAGAACCGGAUGAAUGCCACAUCCAGCAGGGUACGAGCCUCAUACAGCAUCCAGGGCUUUGAUGGGCAGCUUUUCGAAGAGGCUCACACGGUGCUCACCAUUGAAUUCAAGCAAGUUUCACAGGCUGCCGGCCAGCAAGGCCAGAAGCUGUCCUUGAUCAAUCUGGUGGACUUGGCUGGCAGCGAAAAGGCCGGGCAGACGGGCGCCAGCGGAGAUCGCCUAAAGGAAGGCUGCGCCAUCAACAAAUCACUGUCGGCCCUCGGCAAUGUGAUCGAGAAGUUGGCGGACAAGGACCGCGAGUGCGAGAGCUUCGGAGCUGCCAUGGGCAAGGCGAAGGCCAAUGUGCCUUGGCUUCCGUUUGCUGGAUUUCUGAUUAACGAGAGCUGCAAGUCUCGAUCGCACCCCGAUGUUCCGAGGUCCAACUACGAAGAGACGCUGUCCACUUUGCGCUAUGCCGACCGCUGUGCCAAGCGCAUCAAGAACACAGCGAGCAUCAACGAGAACCCUCAGGACAAGCUCAUCCGACAGUUGCGAGAGGAGAACGAGAAGCUGCGGAAUAUGGUUGGCAGCGGGCAGUCUCCAAAGGAAGGCGAGAGCGAGGAUAUGUUCCACAAGCAGGCCGAGAUCGCGGCACUAGAGCAGGCAUUGAUGGAGAUGCAAAAGAGCUUCGCGGAGCGACUGUCGGAAGCACAAAAGGCUGGUGCCAAGAAAGAGAAAUCUUCCGACACGAAGCUUCCGCACAUCGCCAACCUCAACGAGGACCUCCUCCUCACGGCGAAGCUGAAGUUUGCCUUCAAGGAGGGCAUCACUCGCGUUGGCCGCGGAAGCCAGGAGGAUGGCGACGCCAAUCAGCCAGAAGUUGCACUGCAAGUACCUGGCAUCCACCAGGAGCACGCCCUCGUCGAGAACAAGGCCGGCGCGGUGACGCUGACAGCGACGGACCCCGAGGCUGCCGGCACCAGCUUUGUGAACGGCACGGCGCUGCAGCCCGGCGUACCAGUUUCCCUCUCGCACGGCGAUCGCGUGGCCUUUGGACAGUGCAUCUUUGUCUUCGUAGAGCCGAGCAAGGGCAAGGUCACGGAGCUCAUCAACUCCGGGCAAGUGAGCUAUGCCGCUGCACGCAAGGAGCUGCAGCAGGGCGAGGUCACAGGGCCAACAGAGGAGGAGCUGAAGGCCUCUCGACAGCUCGCGGAGGAGCUGGAGCGCAAGGCCCGAGAGGCAGAAGAGGCCAAGGAGAAGGCCAAGGCAGAGGCGGACGCUUUGAUGAAGCAGCGGGAAGCUGAGCCCGGGCCCGAGCAAAAGAGGGCAGCGACAGGGACAGCAGGGUUCCGAGCGCAGAUGGAGACGAAGCAGAAGCAGUGGGAGGAGGAGAUGCAGCAACGGCAGGCUGCAGAGGCCAGCGAACAGGCCCAAGCAGCGGAGCAGGAACUUGCGAAGCUGCAGAAUGAGUUUGAGGAGCGGCAGAAGAAAGCAGAGGAGGCUGCUCAGCACAAGAUUGAGGAGCUCGAAAAGAAGGCCAAAAAGGCAGCAGCUGAGGAAGAAGGCCACCGCCAGCACGAGUUGGCCAUGCAGCGACUGGAGGAGCAGCUGAUGAUGGUGAUGCCUUUGGUGAAGGAGGCCACACCGCCUCGAGACGAAGAUGCACUGCGAGCUCACGGCGGAAGGAAAGAGUGGGUGGCGGGCCGAAGAACAGUUUUCAUCUUGCGGGAGCUGCUCCAGCGCGCCGAGGAUGAGGGCGUCGAGGCGGUACAGGAUUUGCCCAACGAGGAAGACCCUCUCUGGGACCCGAUCGAGGCGCUUCUGCGUGGGCUGGGAGGUGGAGACUUCGAGCUUGGCGAGGUGGAGCGUCUGAUUGGGGUGGCCCAAGUCCUGCUCGAAGGGGUCCUUCUUCAAGUGGAGAACAAGGUUGAUGCGAGGAUCCUCAGCAGUGAGGGACAAGCUGCUGCAGCCUCGGACCCAUCUCACCACAGGGUGAAUGUGAGUUUCGUGGCGGCUGAGGUUGGCACCCUGAAAGUGGAGAUUAUCCCAAUCGCCAAGGAUGGUUCCCUGGGCAUCCCGGACGAAGAGGUGGUUGAAGAUCCGGAGGAGCUACUGGGCGCCUGCAUGAAGUUCCUUGUGGCCGUUCCGGGCGCCACUGGGCUUCCAGAGGCUCUGGCACAUGACGUGCGAGCGGAGUAUACCUACUUCAUCGAUGAGAAGACGCUGGGCCCCAUCAGCUGCCAACGGUGCUCUUCUCUCGGUGAGGGAGGGUUCGGGCAGAACUGCAAUCCGGAGUUCAACUACAGCCACACCUUCACCCAGGAUCCAGUCACGUCGCGAUUCCUUGAGUACCUGCAGUCGAAGCUUGUUUUCCGAGUGCCCGCCACCCAGUUCGGCCGGGACUCGGCUGCGGCGUCUGCUGCGGAGGAGUUGGCUCGCUGGGCUCCCAGCAACGCCGAUUGGGCGUACGAGCCGAGACCAUUCAAACGCGCCAAAGAGAAGCCGCCAGUGCCUCCUGCACCGGCCGGGAUGCUCAGUUUCUUUGCAAGGGAGCACGAGGAAGUUGAUCCCUUUGGGUCUAGACUUCAGCUGCCAGAAUCGGCCUUCCAGCAAGAUCGUCACAACGCCCGCGAGAUUGGCACUACUUCGACAGGUGAGCGCCGCCACAGAUGCGGCGCCACAGCCGCAGGCACGGUGUCCGUACUGUCCUUGGCAGAGCCUGACGGCUGUCUGCGCAAAGAAGAGAGCGCCAGGAAGCCCUUGCUCCGGCUGCGCCGGCGUGCCCAGACUGGGGCAAAGCAGCUUCCAUCAGAUUGUCAGAUUGCACACUGGCAAGCUGCUCCGAAGGCCCCAGCGCUUCCGGGCGAAGUCUCUGCCGGCGACGGUCUGGGGGUUCGUGGUGCGGCCACGGACGAUGUGGACCAAUCUCCGAAAGCUCCGGACAUCCAGCCUUGCACUCAGGCAAACGUUCGCCUCGCGGCCGAGGAGGCAGUGUCGCCUCCGCCACCGGAGCCGGCCCACGUGCCCAGCGGAAGCCCCAGCUGA